AUGGGGAUCAGACAUUCCGAUCACUGGGAGCCAGAGUCUCCUUCGGUGAAAAUCUAUGCUUGUCAGAACUGCAAAACUCAUCUAGCAACCAGCAAAAUGAUCAUUUCUCGUGAUUACAGAGGAAGAACUGGAAAGGCCUAUCUACUCAAGAAUGUUAUAAACAUCAAAACCUCGAAGAAGAUCACGAAGGAGGAAAUGACCACCGGGAAGUACCUAAUUCGCUACAUUUAUUGUCACCAGUGUGGUUCAAAUAUAGGAUGGAAGUACAUCAAAGCCGACGAGAGAGAUCAACUAUACAAACAGGGAAGGUACAUUAUGGAGAUAAAGAGAGUGUGCUGUACUGUAUAA